GCAAGAGUUUCUAUUCUUUUGCUCAUUAACUCUAAUGGCAAACUUCUUCUCUACCCAAAACUCCCUCUCACACACAAAUGUUGCCACCAUUACCAAAGAACAAAACCAUGAAAAUCACCAAGAAUCCGUUGAUAUAAUACUCUCUGAGCUUCCUAGUGAAAGAGGUUGGGUAAGUGAUCAGAUUUACCAAUACAAAGGUACUUGGUAUUCGUCAAGUGUUCUACAAGGUUUGCUAGUACUUCAGCAGCAACAAUUUGAGCCAAAACCAAAUAGUGUCUUACUAGCCAGUCACCCAAAGUCUGGCACCACAUGGCUCAAGGCCCUUCUUUUUGCCAUUACAAACAGAUUACAACAUGACGAUUUUAGCACACACCCUUUGCUCUCUUCAAACCCACAUGAGUUAGUACCCUAUCUAGAGUCCUAUGCACUUAAGCACCCAACAAAUCCAACCCCAAACACUUGUCUCAUACAAUCACAUCUUGCCUUCAAUGGUUUACCAGAGUCUAUAACAGGUGAUAACUACAAAUGCAAAGUAGUCUAUGUGUUUCGUGAUGCAAAAGAUGUGUUAGUUUCUUUCUGGUACUUUGUGCAGAAAUUAAGACGCAAAGACAUGCCUUUCAUUUCUCUAGCAGAAGCAUUUGACCGAUUUACUAAAGGGUAUUCCCCUUUUGGUCCAUUUUGGGAUCAUGUGAUGGGAUAUUAUAAAGCCAGCUUAGAAUUUCCAGAGAGGGUUCUUUUCUUGAAGUAUGAGGAUUUGAAGAAAGAUCCAAUCUUUAAUGCAAAGAGAUUAGCAAAGUUCUUGGGGCAGCCAUUUUCGUUGGAGGAAGAAAGUGAGGGCAUUGUAGAGAGAAUAAUAGAGCUCUGCAGCUUUGAGAAACUGAGAAAUUUGGAGGUGAAUAAAGAGGGCACAUACUCUGGAGCGUUUAGUCUUACUAUUGCAAACAACAUAUUUUUCCGGCAAGGCAAAGUGGGCGAUUCCAAGAACCAUCUUUCAAAGGAAAUGAUUGAGGUUUUUGAUGAUAUCACAAAGCAAAAGUUGGUUUUUAAUUUGAUGACUACAUCUGUCACUCCGCAGAAAAAUGGUGAAGUGGAUGACACAGACAAGAACCAAAGCAACUAACAUAGUUUUUGAGGUUCCUUUAACUCUUUCCUGAAGUUGUUUUGGUAAUCCCCUGUAAGUCAUGUUGCAAGCUUUGGUUAUGGAUUCCAAUAAUUGUAAGUUAUCGUAUUAUGUUUGUCAUUUCUAAUGCGCAUCAAACCUUUAUCUCCUUCCUAGCGGGGGUGGAGUUAAGAGUAAAGAUUACGAGUUUGGUUGAAUUCAUUAAUUUUUCUUCAAA